GAUCUCUGUGAUCGCUGUGUCAUAUAGACAGAGCUGAUCACGUGGUGUGGUAAAAGGACAAUCACAGUAGCCUUUCACCUCGUGAUCAGCUGUGUCCAAUGACACAGCAGAUCACCAGUAAAUGCAGUUGCUGGUUAUCGGCUGCACUUUCCUCACGCUGUCACAGCGCGAGGAAAGUACUGCCGAUAACUGCCAAUUGGCACUAAUGAUCAGUGCCCAGCAGUGUAGCCCACCAGUGCUGCCCAAAAGUGCCCAGCAGUGCCACCCACCUGUGCCCAGCAGUGUCGUCAGUCAGUGCCACCCAUCAGUGCCCGUCAUUGUUGCAUAUCAGUGCUGCCUAUCAGUGCCCUUCAUUGUUGCAGAUCAGUGCCAGCUUAUCAGUGCUGCCAAUUAGUACCACCUCAUCAGUGCCGCCUAUCAGUGCUGCCCAUCAGUGCAGCCUCAUCAACGCACAUCAGUG